UUCAAAACAGUAUUCAAUAAAGAACUACAACAAAAAAUGAAAUCUUCUGUUAUCUUUUCUUUUCUCUUGAUUGCUUUGGUGGUUGUUCUUAGUGAGGGAUUUAAACCAACGUCACCACCGGUUACAAGUACUAAAGAACCCGAAACAACCAAAAAGCCGUACAAGCCCAAACGGAAUGCACCACCGGUCUACGCUCCUCCGACUUACGCACCACCUCCACCACCACCACCGCCUCCUCCACCACCAGUCUACGCACCUCCAACUUAUGCUCCACCACCUCCUCCACCAGUCUACGCUCCUCCAACUUAUGCUCCUCCACCUCCUGUCUAUGCUCCUCCAACCUAUGCUCCUCCACCUCCUGUCUACGCUCCACCAACCUAUGCUCCUCCUCCACCUCCACCACCACCAGUCUAUGCUCCUCCAACUUAUGCUCCUCCACCACCACCAACACCUCCACCAAAACCUUACUAUCCUAAAUACCUUUAA